CAGAGAGCCGUCGACAUCGACAUGAAUCCCCUGCUGCUGCUGAUGCUGUGGAGCUCAGGACUCCAGGCUGAAGUAAAACACAAUUCAACAGAGUUUGUGAGGUUGGUGGGAGGAGCCAGUCGCUGUGCAGGCACACUGGAGCUGAAGCAUCAGGGAGAAUGGAGACGAGCUACUAGUGGAGAUGUAGUGGACUACUUUGAAAUGAAGGAAGCAGAUGCUUUCUGUCAAGACCUGAACUGUGGCUCUGCUGUUUCUUUACGAAAGAGACAGGUGUCAUCCCAAUCUUUGUGGCUAGUCAUAGUUGGAUGUCGACCUUUUGAUUAUGAUUCGCGAAGAUGUGUAAUGUCAUGGAACGCUUCUUCAGUUCUGGAGCUCACCUGUUCAGACUCUGUGAGGCUGCUGAAUGGGCCCAGUCUGUGUUCAGGCAGACUGGAGGUCAACUACAACCCAUCUGACCAGUCCAAGCAGAGCUGGACCUCCGUGUGUGAAGCUGAUUUUGACCAGCAGGAUGCAGAGGUGGUUUGUAGGGAGCUUGGCUGCGGGCCUCCCUCAGCCCUCCAGGGGGCGCUCUAUGGAGACGUGGGGGCUCCAGUGUGGAGCAAAGAGUUCCAGUGUGAAGGCCAUGAGUCUACUCUCCUGGACUGUAGGAGCUCAAGCUCUACUAGAAACAGCUGCUCACCAGGAAAAGCUGUUGGACUCACCUGCUCAGAGCCUAUCAGGUUAGUGGGAGGAGCCAGUCGCUGUGCAGGUACACUGGAAGCGAAAAUAGGAGAGUGGAGACCAGUGGGGGGAUAUGAUUGGGCCCUGAGGGAAGCAGCUGUUGCCUGUAAACAGCUGGACUGUGGCUCUGCUCUUGCUAUAGAACAUAGGAAGUCCUCAGACAGACCUGUGUGGAGGAUACAAACUGACUUUGUUCGGAGUGGAUUUCCUCUGAGGGAGCAUGUAAUAUCAGUAAACUCUUCCUCCACUGUGGAUCUCACAUGCUCAGACUCUGUGAGGCUGCUGAAUGGGACCAGUCUGUGUUCAGGCAGACUGGAGGUCAACUACAACCAGUCUAACCAGUCCAAGCAGAGCUGGACCUCCGUGUGUGAGGCUGAUUUUGACCAACAGGAUGCAGAGGUGGUCUGUAGGGAGCUUGGCUGCGGGCCUCCCUCAGCCCUCCAGGGGGCGCUCUAUGGAGAUGUGGGGGCUCCAGUGUGGAGCAAAGAGUUCCAGUGUGAAGGCCAUGAGUCUACUCUCCUGGACUGUAGGAGCUCAAGCUCUACUAGAAACAGCUGCUCACCAGGCAAAGCUGUUGGACUCACCUGCUCAGAGCCUAUCAGGUUAGUGGGAGGAGCCAGUCACUGUGCAGGUACACUGGAAAUGAAACUGGGAGAGUGGAGACCAGUGCAUACAAUGGCCAGGACCCUGAAGGAACCAGCUGUUUUUUGCAAACAUCUGGACUGUGGCUCAGAUGUUUCUGUAAAAAAGAGAGAGUCCUCAAACACACCUGUGUGGAUUCACAGACUUUUCUGUGAACCUUCUUAUUUUUCUAUGAUGGGGUGUUUACAGUCACCAACCAUCAUCAGUGAAUCAUUUACUCCUGGUUCAGUCCUGGAGCUCACCUGCUCAGGAAAACAGGGGGCAGGUGCAGGGCAGAUGGGAGAAUAGCGGCCUGGUGGACUUUAACCUCUGUGUUGGUGCUGCCGAAGGACGGGUGGCUGAAGAAGAUGGAUCUCAGGGAGAAGGAGAGGAAGUCCAAUGAGCUCAUCUCACAGUCAGACACAUUUUCAGCUGACAAAUGAGGAACCAUCAGUUCAGAUUUGACUUUUUUCCCUUUAAACAGCCUUCAACUGUAAUGAUUCUGCAGUUUUCUUGCUGACAGCAUUAAAAUACUAAAACUAUCAA